AUGUUUCAAAUAAAUACACUGUCUCCUGGUAAUAAUACUUUUAGAACUAAUCACACCAUGAAUACAACGUGGGAACAAGUUCGUCGGGAAGUCAGAGAAUACCGAAGUUCUGCACAGCCGUCCAACGUUAUAAAUAUUAAAGAUUUUUGUUUUGACGAAAGAAAUAAUCGCGCAUACUUUCUAGCAACGGAUCCUUCCCGAAUGAAAACCUCAACUUUAUUUGUAGUUGAUUUGCCCCAGUAUGAUAGUAGGGAUCAGUUAAUCGAAACUGGAAUAACGGGGGACACUCAAGGUUCUCAAAAUGGGACUGCCAAUCCUGAUUGUAAUUAUCCCUUCAGUUUUUCUAAUAAUGAAUUUCAGGUGAAAGAAUUUUCCUAUACUUUUUGUCCAUCUACUUCCAACAAUACAUCUUCACUCUCACCAUCUAUCAAAUUAUCAGAUUCGGAUGGUUUUAAUAUGAACAAAAUGUUUUCUACUUCAUAUCCAAAAAAUCCAAAGACUUCGAAUAAUUUAAAUGCGUUAUCAAAGAUUCCAGUUGUAGAAUGGAAACCUCUACUUCCAGAAUCAUGGUUGAAAGAAAAGUCUGUUUCAGAGACUUUAUCGCGCGAAGAAUUGUUUGUUAAAGAACGGAGAAGAUUAGCCUUACAGGGUAUAACGAGCUAUCAAUUCGACUCACAUAGUGGACAAAUUUUAUUCAGUUAUGGAAGCGGAAUUUAUUUGGGACAUGUUGCCAAGAAUGGAGAAUUUUAUCCACGUCCUAUAACACCUUACUCUUCAGGGCCAAUAAUAUAUUCAGGCAGCAUUUUAGGUUAUCCUUUAAAUCAUUCACCUCAACACAAUAAUAUAUCACCUAUUUCAUCUCCUUCAACUACCGCUUCAUCUUCUCCAUCACCUUCACCAUGUUGUUCGUCACCAAUAAAUUCCGUACCACCACGAUUAGAUCCAAAAUUAGGUGGCCGCAAUCAUAACUUAGUCGCCUUUAUUCGAGAUCGAGAUAUAUGGGUGACUACGUCCAACGGUUGCGAGACUCAAUUGACAUUUUGCAAUGACCAUGAUCGCGAUGGUACAGCAGCGUUAAGCUGUGGGGUUGCAGAAUUUGUUAUGCAGGAAGAAUUCCACCGAUUUACGGGUUAUUAUUGGGCACCACCUUCGUUAUCAAAUUGUAUGAAAGAUCAACUUGAGCGUAUUUUAUACUUGCAAAUUUCGGAAUCAAUGGUCGAUUUAGUGUUAAUAUCAAGACCAGGUCCACAAGGAGAAGUAGAAGAAUAUAGAUAUCCAAAAGCUGGUACACCAAAUGCUGUGAGUGAUUUACAGAUUGUAGAGUUUAUUCCUCGAUAUCAUGAAGAGGAGGAUUCUUAUGAACCCGUUCAUAAAAGACUUUGGGGUAAUGCUGCCUUGGAUAAACUCUUUCCUUGGAUGGAGUAUAUCGUACGGUUUGGGUGGUGUCCAAAUGGCAAAAGUGUGUGGGUGCAAUUGCUUGACAGACUACAGAAACGAACAGCAAUUGUAAAAAUACCUAUUUGCAAUUUUAUGAGUAUAACGGAGUAUCAACAGACAUGUGGACAAUAUGACGAUUUAUGUGUAUCAAGAAUAGAAGUUGUAUAUGAAGAAAGAAGUGAUGUUUGGAUAAAUGUCACAGAUAUAUACUAUUAUUUCAAUGUUGAUGAUGAUUUUGAUAAUCAAAGAUCUGGGGUACACCUUGCUUCACCUUCUUCAAUGACUUAUACACUUCAAACACCUUUAUUACCCACUAAACUUUUUAUAACUUCUGAAAGUAGUGGGUUUCGUCAUCUUUAUCUUGUGGUGAAACCUUCUGCUUCCUCACCAAAUUAUCAUAUUAGAGCAAUUACAGCUGGAAAUUGGCCUAUUGUAGACAGACCAAUAUAUGUUGAUACAAAAAGACAAUUAGUUUAUUUUACCGCAAAGAAAGAUACACCAUUAGAGACGCAUUUAUACGUCGCUAGUUAUUCUGAAGGUGCGGAUCCUUUGACGGUAGUACGAUUAACAGAAUUAGGAUAUAGUCAUACAGUAGUAAUGGAUGAAAAAUGUGAAAGAUAUUUAGAUUGGUUUUCUAGUGUUAGUGAGAAACCACGAUGUAGUGUACGAUAUUUAGUAUGGAAUGAGAGAAAUAUUUUUCCUAGUGUUAGUGAGACGAUGGGUCUAUUUGUAAAAGGUGGUAAAGAAGACGAUGAGAAGGAAUGGGACGAUAAGAAACUUUCAAAAAAAGUUCCUAUAGGAGAAUUUUUUGAUUUUAUAAAUAAUGACGGUGUAAAAAUAUAUGGGUGUAUUUACCGGCCGGAAAAUUACGUCUCUGGAAAAAAAUAUCCCACACUUUUAAGCAUUUAUGGCGGUCCAAAAUCUCAGAUGGUGACUAAUGAUUAUAAGUACCCGCGAUUUCUUCGAUUGUUCCUCGCAACACGACUUGGAUUUACGGUAGUUUUAAUUGAUGGUCGUGGUUCUUCAGAUAGGGGUGUAACGUUUGAGUCUUAUCUUAAAGGUCGUAUGGGUACUGUUGAACUUGAGGAUCAGAUUGCAGGACUUAAUUACUUAGCAUCUAAAAAAAUGGGAGUUGAUCUAGAAAGAGUAGCCAUUACCGGAUGGAGUUAUGGAGGAUAUUUAAGUCUAAUGGCGUUAGCUCAAUAUCCACGCAUAUUUAAAUUAGCCAUCGCUGGAGCACCCGUAACGCAAUGGGAACUUUACGACACAGCUUACACUGAACGUUAUAUGGGGCUUCCGUCGGAAAAUCAGGAAGGGUACCGUAAAGGAAGUGUUCUUAAUUGGGCUGACAAAUUUCCCGAUAAUGAAAAUCGGCUAUUAAUUGCCCAUGGGCAAAUUGAUGAAAACGUUCAUUUCAAAAAUUCCGAAUUGUUAGUGUCUGCGUUGGUUAAACAAAACAAACCACAUAAAUUACAACCAUAUCCGACGGAAAGACACGGUCUAAGACAUGCUAAUGUAGCCGAACAUUUUGAAACUUUAAUGUUUUUUUGGCUAGUGAAUUAUCUAUAACGGUUAAAGCCUGAAUUAUCUUUUGAGGUUUUUUUUUGAUGUAAUAUAAUAGUUUUUCAAAAGAUUUUUAAUCAUCAAUUUUGAAUUAUGAAGAAGGGUGGAUGUAUUGGAAGAAACAAUUAAAUUAAUUAAAUUAAAUUAAAAAUGGACUUAUUUA